AUGCCUAGUGAAGAAUUAAUAGCUUGGCUUGAUGAAUAUUCUCAAUCACAUCAAAAUCCAAUUAAUAUUCUCAUACAUAAAAUAUGUGUACCAACAAUAACAAUAACUGUUAUUGCUAUGCUUUGGUGUUUACCAAUUAUACCAAAAAAUAUUCGUCAUAUAAUAUCAAUUGAUCAAGUUGGUCUAAUUAAUCCAUCACUUAUAAUUAUACCUAUAAUUGCUUUCUAUUGGAAUCUUUCAUCUACAUUAGCAAUAACAAUGACAUUACUAUUUUUAAUAUUAAUAAUAUUAUUAAUAUUAUUGGAAAAAAAUCAUGUGCGAAUAUUUCGUAUAGCAUUAAUUAUUUUUAUAUUAGCUUGGAUUGGACAAUUUAUUGGACAUGAAAUUGAAGGAAAAAAACCAGCAUUUUUUAAAGAUCUACAAUUUCUUUUAAUUGGUCCUCUUUGGACAUUAACUCAUGCUUUUAAAUUCAUGGGUAUUGACUAUUAA